AUGGGAUCCACGCCAAUACUGGAUGCCGAUGCCUCGCGCGGCCAAGGCAGUGAUACUGAGUCUGCAAGAGAAUCGACUCUCUAUGAGAACGCCGUUCCUGGAUCCGAUGGCCUGUUCCACUGCCCCUGGGAGGGCCAACCGGGCUGCUAUCACGAACCGGUGCCGCUCAAGUGCAUUUACGACACCUAUGUCGACUCUCAUCUCAAGCCGUACCGCUGCAAGGUAAAGACUUGCGAAGAAGCUCGAUUCUCAUCCACUGCUGGCCGUCUACGCCACGAGCGCGAAGCGCACGGACUACACGGCCGCGGCCAUUUGCCCUUUUUGUGCUCGAUGGAAGGCUGCGAGCAUGCUGUGCCUGGCAACGGCUUCUCCCGUAAAUGGAAGCUGAGAGACCAUCUGGAACGCGCACACUCUGACAAUCCGCCUUUGGCCGCCGCCCCUUCCACUGCACAGCUCUCCGCAAAGGACCUCGUCGAGAAAAAGGUGGUCGUCGAGAGCCGUGAACCAGAGCCCAACGAGAAUGGCGGCGGAUCAAAGGGCGAAUCAAGUGAUGCCCGGUUCCGGGAAUUGGAGAGCUGGUAUGAGGACCUGCUCAAAGAUAACCAAAUUUAUGAGAAACUGUUCCGCAUCCUCAGGACUGCAUCAGAUCAACAGUCAAAGAAAGCCUUUCGAUGGAUUAGAGGUUACAACUCACCGAGUCAAACUGAUAUAGAGGUUGCCGCUUAUAUUUUGGAAGUUAUGGAUAAUUUAGUUGCAUAA